GAAGAGUGCACAUACAUAUUGCCGAUGCAAACUACUUCCUGUAAAAAACUUCCCAGCACUUAUUUACAAUGUUAAUAUGAUUAUUUCCAAGUGUUUUAACAAUCUCUGUUCUUUAAGCUACUCUGAAGCUGCUAUGGAUUUAUUUAAAACAAAACGAACCAUCUCAUUAUUAAAAGGGACAUGACCAUCAUUAAAGGAAAGUGGAAAUGAUUUGAAAGGUGCAUUACUAAAUCUUACCGAGAAAAUGAAACCAUCAUUGCUGCUGGUAGCUAUACUUACUGUUAGCUGCUACAGUGUUGAAAUAAAGCAAGGACCAAGCAAUGCCUCUUCACUGUUGGGAAGAGAGGCUUUUUUUAACUGUACGGUGUCACUGGAUUAUAUGAUUAUUAUAUGGCUUUUAAACGAUAAUCCUGUACUGACUAUUGUUGCAAACCAUCCCAUUAUCACCAAUGAACGUUUCAGAUUCAGGAAUUAUACAAGUGAGCUUGGAUAUACUGCAGAAUUAAUAAUAUCCAGUGUUGAACUCAGUGACACAGGGAAGGUAACAUGCAAUCUACAGAGUGCAGAGUCUCACACUGCAUUUCUUGAUGUUCAAGUUAAUGGAUCACUCCAUAUUGCCAAUACAAGUGUCAAAGCACUGAAGAAUACAACAGUUGCAGUAGUCUGUAAGGCAUCUGGCUGGCUCCCUCCUCCAGAGAUGACAUGGCUAGCAAAUGAUAGCCUGACAGACCCUAAGAACUCUGUAAUUCAGAUCACAGAGCGGGAUGAUGGCCUGUAUGACACAGUGAGCACCCUGAACAUUACUGCAAACUUCACCACUGUCCUCACUUGCAUGGCUACAAUAGAAGCUCUGUCUUCUCCCCAGUCUGUAACAGUAACGCUCACCAUCGUUGCGCCAUCCGACAGAUCCUCUGUUAUAAUAAUUGCUGUCACUGGAUCCAUUACUGGAAUUUUGGUGCUAAUCUUGAUUAUAGGGGCAAUAGUGUAUUGUGUACAGCAAUUCAGACAACCCCGGUCUACUUACCAAGAAGAAGUAAGGAAAGCAUCAUCUAAGAAAAAAGCUGUUGCCUCUCCUGCAGGACAAGUCAAUCCAGGAUUCUCCCAUAACGAUUCAUCAUUUAACUUUAACUCAGGAUACUCAGUUUCUUCAAAUGAAAAUUCAACAAUUUACUACUACAGGAAUAAAGAACUGGAUAAUAUUGAUGUCUCACAGGUUCCUGAUGUUGUCCAGAAGUUGGAAACCUUUCAAACAGACAGCAAAGCUUCUAGAAGUUUAAAUGAUUACCAUUAUGCCGCCAGUCCCCAGAAGAUCAGACAUGUCACUGCUGUAUAGCAAGCCAUUUCUGUUUGAAAUGCUAUUAAUCAAGCUGAGAACACAUAGAGAGGUGCUAUUUGCACCAUAAUUGAAAUGAGGCUACAUACUUUAUUAAAUACUGUACUCAGCAAUAACUUUCUCCAUUAAUUACAUCAUUUAGCUACUGUUCCUUAGAGCAUAAUACAAAAAAAAAAAAAACAGCCUGCAGUCAUUCCUUUUUAUAGUCUAUAUCAAAUCACUUUAAAAAUCACCACCUUUUAAUUUUCAGAUAUUGUUCUGCAUUGGAAAGCAACAGUUGUCUUGGUAAAUGCCCUGUGCAGUUAUAUCCUCAGGUGAUACUGUGCCAUUUGAAAAA